AUCAGUUGAACACAAUCACACAACGAAGUUGAAAUAAACAAACCGCGUUCAAAUGGGCGUUGCCUUACGUUUUGAUACCGAUAUCUCGCCGAUUACAAAUAGAUAAGCCCUUGUAUACUUUCGCGACAUUGUCCUAAAUCGAAACUAGGGCCUCAGAGAUAAAAAUGUGAUUUCUUUAUACGCUCCCGUGUUUCGUGAAACUUUGUUUUGCACUAAUAUUCUUAUAUAAAAUCUUCGUAACGCUGUGAAAAAAAUAAUAGCUAUUGUUUACGGCGAAUUAAGUUAUAAUUAUACAAGUUUUAAUUCAUAAAACUGCUGAGCACUGCAGUUAAUUGAAGAAGAUUCAUACACAAAUGUACGAUGGUGACUCAUCCAGAAAGUUGUGUGUAACUAAUUUAAUAGCGUGUUCUGUGAUGUGAAAAUGUAUAAAAAGUAUUUAUUAACGUUGUUUUUAUGUGCUAGUGUUGAGAGUCAGUCUAAUAAAGACUUGUAUAAUGGACAAGUGAAUAAUGAAUUUUAUAACUCCCGAGAGCAAAGUUCUCGGUCUUCAAGACUGCCUAGUCCAGGAGACACUGACUAUAGGACGUAUGUGUAUAAUAACAGAAGAUAUGGAACUGAUCCCACAAGAUAUAACCCUUACAACCCUAAUAUAAAUCAGCCGGGAGGAUUCCCAUACAACCCAAUCAAUACAAACCCUUUGGAUGAUCAGUUCAAGUAUAAUAUUAACCGGGACCCAAACAACCCUGAUGCUUUGUUCCCUGGUGUCCUCGGAGGAUGGAGGGAAGAUUUACAAGGCAGAGAGAGGAGAGACUCCAGGCAGCUAAAAAGAGACGUCUUUGUCACUACCAAUUAUGGACAAGUGCAAGGAUUUAAGGUUUAUUUGUACGACAAUCCAGACCCAGACUCAGGGUAUAGACCCUGGCUGUCACCGGUGGAGAGAAUACAGGGAGAAGUGUCAGUUUUCCUAGGGAUACCAUAUGCUAGACCACCAGUUUUGGAAGGAAGGUUCAAGCCACCCCGCACUCAUCCUGGAUGGCAGCUAAUGCAAGCUGUGGACUGGGGUCCAGCCUGCCCCCAACCAGUGCGGUACACCGGCGCCACAAAGGGCAUCAGAGAUAUGGACGAGGACUGUCUCUAUUUGAAUAUAUUUUCGCCCAAUACUGAAGCCGGAGCCACAGCGCAGCGCUACCCAGUAAUGGUGUACAUCCACGGCGGACAAUACUCGUCCGGGGCAUCGAACCUGUUCCCUGCACACAUGCUGGCCGCAUUCUACAAUGUUAUCGUCGUGUCUAUCAACUAUAGACUUGGAGCUUUAGGCUUCCUCUCAACGGGCGACGAGAACUCGCCAGGUAACUACGGUAUCCUCGACCAGGCGAUGGCGUUGCGCUGGGUGUACGACAACAUUACUCCGUUCAAUGGAGACAGGUCCUCUAUCACGCUGUUUGGGCCGGGAGCUGGUGCAGCGUCUGCUGGUCUACUGGCCAUAGCGCCGCAGACUAGGGAUAUUGUUACUAGAGUUAUUGCGCAGAGUGGUUCAGCGCUAGCGGACUGGGCGAUGAUAGAAGAUAAGUUCAGAGUACAGAACACGUCGCUAGUGUUUGGCAGACUGCUCGGCUGUCCCAUCGACUCUUCGUGGAAACUCGUCAACUGCCUGCGCCAAGGCAGAAGCUUCUAUGAACUGGGAAAUGCUGAGUUUCAACCGCACGUAGGCUUCAUACCCUGGGGUCCAGUACUUGAGAACAACUUCACAUUCCCUGGAGACGAGUGGUACGAUGGUUGGAGGGAGAGGGACUGGCAUUUCCUCAAUACAAUGCCCGAGGACCUCAUAAAGAGGAGGCAGUUUAACCCGUCACUGCGAUACAUGACUGGCGUUACUACACAGGAAGCUGCUUAUUAUUUAUAUAAGAACGAAUCCUUAGCCCCAAAAUACGAGAUCUCAGAGCGAUGGUUCAACGAGAAAGUUUGGGAGUUGGUGCAGCGGUACAAUUACACUCUGAACCCGCGCGGCGUGUACGAAGCUAUCCGCUACAUGUACACCUACCACCCCGAGCCUCAUAAUGUCAGCGCUAUCAGAGAUCAGUAUAUACAUCUCCUAUCAGACUUCCUCUACCGCGCGCCAACAGACAAAAUGGUAAAACUGCUCCUCGAACAAAACGUUCCAGUCUACAUGUAUGUUCUAAACACGACUGUGGAAGCCUUCAAGUUUCCAGAAUGGAGACAGUAUGCCCACGAUACUGAACAUUACUUUCUGACUGGUGCACCAUUCAUGGACCAAGAGUUCUUCCCGGUUAAGCAAAGGAUUGAUAACCAACAAUGGACGAACAAUGAUCGAAAUAUGAGCCAUUUUUUCAUGAAGACUUUUUCGGAUUUCGCUAGAUUCGGCAACCCGACUCGCACCCGAGUUCUAGGCCUUCACUUCGAGGUGGCUCAAGCAGGACAGCUCCGCUACCUGAACCUCAACACGACAUACAACUCUACUAUACAGCUCAACUACAGACAGACGGAGCUCGCAUUCUGGACUAUGUAUCUACCCACCGUUAUAGGACGACUUGUGCCUACCUACCCACCUAUUACUGAGUAUUGGUGGGAACCAAAGCAGCCGCUGCAGAUAGCGUUCUGGUCGGUGUCCAGCGCCUGCCUCGUGCUCAUUGUACUGCUCGUCGUAUGCUGCAUGCUAUGGAGAAAUGCCAAGAGGGCUAUACCACCAAAAUGGAAAAUGGUGCCGGCGAUGGAAACUGAUCGUUAUUACGACGGAGAUAUAUUUAUGGUGCCGGAAGUAGAGGAGAGCGGCAUAGACAACACGACGCGGUCCAGAGACAAUAUCUACGAGUAUAGAGAUGUGCCCAUCAAGAAGCCACACACACCACAACCUAUUAGUAGAACUAUAAGUCAACCAGCAACGCUUCAAUCAUCCCGGCCCCCGUCUGAGGCCUCGACGGGAUCGGCUUUAUCCCUCAAAGAAGGAUCUGUGUCCCGAGUACCGGAACCACUGCCAAGAGCCAGAUCCCGAACUCAAAUAGUGCAUGGAAUACCACAGACUACCGUGUAAUGUUUUUUUUAUCAUGUAAGACUUGAUUUUAGUCGUAAGUAAGCAAUAUUUUUUACGAAGUCUUGAACGUAAAGUAUACAUCAGCGAGAUAGCUAUUCUUGACGUAUUUUAUGCGCAUUGUAAAAAUAGAUCAAAUUAAAUUAUCAAUUUAAUUUUCGAGUAUUUUCCAUACUUGAUAAGCUUUUGGACUGAACUAAUUUAUUAUUUUGAAUUAUCAUAUAGGUACCUCAAUACACCCAUGAUGUUAAGAGUUUGGAAUGCGAAAUUUUAUAUUUUAAGGGGUACGAUCUCUUAUAUUGUUCCACGGGCCAUUUUUAAAAGGCUGACAUACAUUGAAUACUAACAGAAUAUGCGAUAUGAUACUUGAAUUAAUUAAGAUUAAUGUAGAGCAGCUUAAAACUUAUGUAUUUUUUAUAGAAACUUGUA